AUGCGACCUCUCGGGUGCUUCAUCCCUCGCUCAAGAGAGCCCACUACAAACGGCUACGAGCCGCCGCCCUCUGCUAUCAAUAACUCGGCGUACAACAGCGACUCCUCUUCUGCCAUUGCUCCUACCCAAACGGAAUCUGAGUCUACACCCAUCUCAUCUUCCACUUCCUCUGCAAUUUUUGCACCCGCCGUGUCUUCCAACUCCACCUCAUCCUCCAGCGACUGUUCCUGCGGUUACAUUCUCUCCUCUCACUCCAACGCUUAUUUCCCCAGAUCUUAUGCCGUAUCCUUCUCUUCCCUCUCUUCCCUUGCCGAUUCUGACUUUGUAAUCACCGAUGGCUGGCAAGUUGGCGGAGUCGGGCCGGAUGGCACGAGGUCGGUUGGAAGUACAGAAAACGUCAAGAUCAUUGACGGGGAUAUGGUGCUUACAGUCCCCGGCGGUCAAAGUGUAGGGGGCGAAGUUACAGCGGCCGAAGUCACUUUUAGAGAAGUUGUAGGUGGGGGAGUGUUUACCAUGGAAGCACAGCUUGACGGCGGUGCAGGCACUUGCCAAUCGAUUUUUACUUAUACCCAAUCGACUGAUGUGGGAAACGACGAACAAGACAUCGAAAUGCUCGGCCAGUCGCUUUUGAGCUCUGCAUCUAAUGGCGCGGAGCCGGGGAUCCAGCUUACCAACUGGGAUCCAACCAAUGCGGGCGAGAAUGAAGAGAAGUCGACGGCCUUCCCUGAUGACCCCACGACGGCAUACCACAACUACACCAUCGGUUGGCUUCCGGGAGGCACCAAGUAUUACUACGACGGCCAAGAGCUCGAGGGUCCUUCCAAAUAUGCGUCAGUGAACCCGUCCAACCUCAUUAUCAACAACUGGUCCAACGGCGAUGCGUCGUUCACGGCUGGACCUCCCAGUGCUGAUGUCAGCCUCAGAGUCAAGAGCGUCACGUUCUAUUAUCAGAGUGAGACACUCGAUAGUUAUCCUGCUAAUCCUUCUGGAUGUUCAGAGGUUGAUGCUUGUGUCGUUUAA